CCCCCGGUGCAUUCUCCGGCUGACGGGAGGGGGAGGGCAGGGAAGGAGCCCGGCCGCCAUUUUCGAGCCGCGCCGCCGCCGCGCUCGCCCGGAGCAGGGGGGGACCGGGCGCGCCGACGAGAAGCGCCGCAGCGCCCGCUCCGCCCCAGCGCUCCGAGCCGGGGGCGGGGGGGCCCCGCUCCCCCCCUCCCCCCCCACCCCCAGCGCUGCGGCCGCCGAGGGACACGGGCGAGCCCAUCCCCCGUUCCGCCGGGGCGGGCGGGGGGGGCGCCGGGGGUGGCGGCGCCGCGGCCGCCGCCGCUCGUCCCGGGGGGGCCCGCUCGGUCUGUUUGCCAACUGCGCCCGUUCCGCCGCGGCCGAGCCCGCCCGGACCGCGCUCGCCGCUCGUCACGUGGCUGCCCUCGGGAGCGGCGCUGGGAGGCCCUGGAGCUGGAGCUGGAGCUGGGGCUGGGCUCGGCAGCGGCACGGCCUGCACCUCCCGCGGCUCGGUGCUGAAUGGCUGCGAUGGCGCCCGCUCUCACUGACGCAGCCGCCGAAGCUCACCACAUCCGAUUCAAGCUGGCUCCCCCGUCCUCCACCUUGUCUCCUGGCAGUGCCGAGAGCAACGGCAACGCCAACAGCAUCCUCCUGGCUGCCAACGGCACCAAAAGGAAAGCCAUUGCUCCGGAGGAUCCCGGUCUGGAUUUCCGAAACAACCCUACCAAGGAAGAGCUGGGCAAGCUGCAGCCGCUAGUGGCCUCUUAUCUCUGCUCGGAUGUAACAUCUGUCUCUUCAAAAGAGCCUCUGAAGCUGCAAGGAGUCUUCAACAAGCAGACAGUCCUUAAAUCUCACUCUCUCUUAUCUCAGUCCUUUUUGAAAACAAGUGAUCUGUUGGGGAGGCAGCCUGUGUUGGAAUUCACUUUGGAGAAUCUCAAAACAAUGAGUACUAAUAGCCAGCCACCUCUCCCACAAGCGCCUGUCAAUGGCUUGGCCAAGAAAUUGGCCAAAAGUACCAACUCAGACCAUGAAAACUCUAGUUCUGUGAACGGUGGGAAGUGUGCUCCUCCUCCUGCUGCCCUCCAGACUGUUGACUGUAACACGGGAGGUUCUGAACUGGGGGACUUGAAGACCAGCUUGACCAAUUGCACUCUUCCACCCAGAAGCCUUGAUGCAGAGCACGCGGCUCCGUUCAGCAACAGCAGCGCGGCGAGCAAGGCGGCCCCGAGCGGCGCGGGCAGCGGCCGGCCCGAGGAGCAGAGAGCUGCGCCGGCCGCCCCGCACAGCGCCCUGCAGUCGGAGAUGAGGACCAGGGCGCUGCUGCGGCGGCAGGCCGACAUCGAGAGCCGAGCCCGGCGCCUGCAGAAGCGCCUGCAGGUGGUGCAGGCCAAGCAGGUGGAGAGGCACAUCCAGCAGCAGCUGGGCGGCUUCUUGGAGAAAACGCUGAGCAAGCUGCCGGCUCUGGACCCCCUGAGGCAUCGCAGCCAGCUGAUGCUGACCAGGAAAGCAGAAGCGGCCCUGAGGAAAGCCGCGAGCGAGACGGCCGCCUCGGAGGGCCUGAGCAACUUCCUGAAGAGCGAUUCCAUCUCGGAGGAGCUGCAGCGCUUCACGGCCAGCGGCAUGGCCACGCUGCGCUGCAGCGAGCGCGCCUUCGACUCGGACGUCACCGACAGCAGCUCGGGCGGCGAGUCGGACGUCGAGGAGGAGGAGCUGAGCAGGGCAGACCCAGAGCAGCCCCACGUCCCGCUGAGGCGCAGGGCGGAGUGGCGCUGGGCUGCAGACCGCGCUGCCAUCGUCAGCCGCUGGAACUGGCUGCAGGCGCACGUGUCGGACCUGGAGUAUCGGAUCCGGCAGCAGACGGACAUCUACCGCCAGAUCCGCGCCAGCAAGGGGCUGAUAGUUCUGGGAGAAGCUUCUCCCCCUGAGGCUGCAGUGGAGGAUUCCCAUCCUGCUGGAGCUGAGGUGAAGCUGGAGCCUGGGGCCGAGCGCCUGAGUGUGUCUGGAUCCCAGCCCCUAGAAAACUUGGGUGUUUCUGCUGCAAAUACUCCAGAAUCCCACCCCACCAAGCCCUGUGGAGCACCAAGACCUGUCAAUGGAGUUAUUAACACGCUGCAGCCUGGCCUGGCAGAGCACGCUCAGGGAGAAGGCCAGGAGGCCGAGGAGCUGCUGCACAAGAGGCAGCGCCUGGCGGCCGCCGACAGCUCCUGCGUGGCCGCGCGCACCCGCCCCGUCCUGGGCUGCAAGAAGCGGCGCCUCGUCCGGCCCGGCGCCGUCCUGCCCCUCUCCAAAAAGGCUCCUCGCGCGGCGCCGCGCUGCGGCUGCGUGUGCUCGCUCAACCCCGGCUGUGCCGUGUGCGGCUCCCGCGGCCCCGCCGCGCCCGAGGUGCCGCUGGAGGCGCCGCUGCUGGAGCGCCUGGCGCAGCUGGACUGCUGCAUCCACCCCGUGCUGUCCUUCCCCGACGAUGUGCCCACGAGCCUGCACUUGCAGAGCAUGCUGAAGUCCCAGUGGCAGAACAAGCCCUACGAGAAGAGCAGAGCUCCCAGGAAGCUGUCGCUGAAGCACCGAGCGCCGCCCGGCCCGGCCGACCCCGCGCGCAGGGACCGCCACAGGCUGGUCAACUCCUUCCUCUCCUCAGCCAAGCGCUCCCAUCCCAAAGCAGACCAGGCUCACAGGCCGCCUCUAGAGGAGUUUUCGGCCGUGGCCAAGGCCGAGGGAGCGCCAGAGCGCUCUGCCCAGCCUGCUGCCCCUGACAAAAAGCGCUGGCGGGACUGCUCGUCCGAGAGGAGUGAAGUGUUGAAGCACCACCCGGACGCCGGGGGCCCGAGUUACCUGGCAGCAGCUGUGCCCCCCACGCCCCACAGCCCCAUUGCCCGCCAGCUCUCCGCCUCCUCCGAGGGCUCUGCUCCCAGCUCUGCUGCCCAGGGCGCCUCUGGCACUGCUCAGCCGAGGAGGAGGAGGGGUGAGAGCUCCUUUGACAUCAACAACAUCGUCAUCCCCAUGUCUGUGGCUGCCACCACUCGUGUGGAGAAGCUGCAGUACAAGGAGAUCCUGACCCCCAGCUGGCGUGAAGUUGAUAUCAGUGCUCUGAAGGCCAGCCCUGAGGAGGACAGCGAGGAGGUGGAGGAUCUGUCAGACUCGGCGUUCGCCGCUCGGCACGGGAAGUGUGAGGAGAUGGAGCGGGCGCGGUGGCUCUGGAGCACCAGCGUGCCCCCCCAGCGCCGGGGCAGCAGGUCCUACAGAUCGACAGACGGACGGACGACCCCCCAGCUGGGGAACCCCUCCACUCCCCAGCCAGCAUCCCCUGAGGUGGGCAGCUACCACUCCCACCUGGAGCUGUCCCACAGCCACUCACCACGCAGCCCCAUCAGCCCCGAACUGCUCUGUGCCCCCCUGACCCCCCUGUCCCGGGACUCCCUGCGCCUCCUGUCCAGCGAGGACACGCGCUGCUCCACGCCCGAGGCCGGCCUGGACGAGCAGGCCGUGCAGCCCUGGGAGCGCCGCUCCUUCCCGCUGUGCUACGACCCGCGGACGGAGAGCGAGGAGCCGGAGCAGGAGCGCCUGUCCCGCUGCACCCGCCGCUCCUCGGGCAGCAAACCCUCCCGGGACUGCGACGGCAGCUCGGCUCCUCCCAGCCUGGCCGGCCUCAAGAGCCGAGCCCCGCCGGCCCCCGCCCCCUCCUCCUCCUCCUCCUCCUCCUCCUCCUCCUGCUCCGCAGUCCUGCGGCCAGCGCACAGAUAGAGACCCACGGGGAGACACGAGCAAACCAACACACAGAACUAACUCUUGGCAUUAAAGCUUCCAAAAUCUGCGUUUGAUAUUCAAACAUCCUGCCGGGAAUUUUCACAGUUUUUAGUGAAUUUAAGGAGUUUAGAAACUGUUUUUUGUUUUCUUUUUUUUUUUCCUUUGUUUUCUUUUUUUUUUUCCUUUUUCUUUUUUUUUUUUUUUUUUUCCUUCUCCAUGUUUCCUUGUCACAUGAAUGAGCCCCCAGAUUCCUCCCAGCGGAGUGAAGCCUCGGGAGGGGAGCAGCCCACCAGACCCCCUCCCCUUUCCUCCCUCCUUUAGGUGUAUAAAACUAGAGCACAGGAUUUAGCUGACUAGCAGAUUUCAGGGAUAGUUUUUCCCAACAAAAGGGUGUCAUUUUCUCUUAACCCACUCCCCCCCACCCUGAAAGGUUUUAGUGGAGUGAAAUUAGUGGUGAAAAGUGAUGUCUUGGGAUUGCAACCUUCACUGUCUGGCUGUGCUCACCUGCAGAGUGCCCACCUGCACUUCCACCCUCCUGCCUUCUCCUGCCCCAGGUUGUAAUUCCAGGUAUCCCCAGGGGGGAUUCUGCCCCUCCCUGAUCUUCCCUCUGCCCCUGGGGACACCUCCCCCUUCUUCUCCCUGGUUUGGAGCAGCCUGGCCAUGGCUGCAUCCCCAGCAGGGGGAAAGGAGGGACCUGUGGCUGCUCCACACUGAGCCGGGCCUGGCAGGACUGGGGGCACCUUGUGCAGGGAGGGGAGAGUCCCGGAGCAGGAGCAGGAUUCCCCCGGGCUGAGCUGUGCCCUGGGCAGGUGGGUUUGUGUCAGAGGGGGAAGGAGAGGCAGGAGGCGGCUCCGGGGGUCAGGGUCACCCCUGUCCUUGUGGGGUCACCCCUGUCCCUGUGGGGUCACCAGAGUCCCUGUGGGGUCACCCCUGGUCCCCGUGGGGUCACCCCUGGUCCCUGUGGGGUCACCCCUGUCCCUGUGGGGUCACCCUGGUCCCUGUGGGGUCACCCCGGUCCCUGUGGGGUCACCCCUGGUCCCCAUGGGGUCACCCCUGGUCCCUGUGGGGUCACCACAGCUUCGCUCCACUCCGCACCGUCCCAGCUCCGGUGUCGGUUCCGUUUCAUUUGGGGCUCGGUGCCCCGACAGGUUUUGAGUUUGAGCCCGUUCCUGUCCCAUCCCUGCCCCUGUUCCUGUCCCAUCCCUGCCCUGUCCCUGCCCCUGUCCCAUCCCUGCCCCUGUCCCAUCCCUGCCCCUGUCCCUGCCCCGUCCCGGCGCCCGCCGGCGGCUCCUGGGCCCUGUCCUGUCACUAGCAUCGUGCCUGUCUUAUGUAUAAUCACAUCACCAAAAAAAACGGGAAAAAAAAUACAAAGGACUUUUUUUUUUUUUUUUUUUUUUUUCCAUUUUGUAAUCGUAAAGAAAUAGUCGCUGAGCUGCUUCAUGGUCGGGGUUUUCACAAUUUUCAACAUGAUCUCGUGGUUUUGGUUCUGUUCUAGUUCAAAGGAUCCGUCAUCGUUUCUUUCAAACAAAAACCCAACAAACAACGGCGCUACCAUAUCCCUCUGCAGAAGUGCUUUUCUAUUUAUAAGGUUGAAAAUUCUGAAUAACCCUUUUAGCAUUAUAAAAACCACACAAAAAAAAACAAACCCACCUUGUAUUUUGUAAAUAUUUUCUUUUCCUGCUUUGAGCUGUGUAAUGUCCUUGUUAUAUAGAAAAUGCUUUUCUUCCGAGAAGCUGAUCUUUGUUAAUGUCUUGAUUCUGUUGGCAAAGCACAAAUGUGCUUAUAAAAAAAAAAAAAAGAAGAAAAUAUUAAAAAAAAAAUUAAAACGUAA